UACAAUGAAGGUAAGGUGAUAAAGGCUCUUCUGGCUAAAUGUUGAUCAUUUGUGUUGUUAUGUUGCCCUCUUUUAAUAAUCUACAAACCUCCCACCUAUAACACUUUGACCCAGAUUCACAGACAAGACUUCAGCAAACUCCAGACUAAAAUGUUUGUGCCGUCUUAACUGAAAACAACUUACACUGACUGACCUUAAAAUAUUUCACUGUCAUUGUUUUGUGUCGUACUGCACACCAGUAGACUCCUGUUUUUAUCUGAGACACAUUUAAACUAAAAACUACUUAAAUGUCAUCAUUAACUAAAACUUAUUCCUGACUUAAUCUCUGUCUGUAAAACCAGCUCAUGUCUUUUUAAAUAUUAUAGCAGCUUAUGUUUGUUUUAAUGCAUUCAUUUAAAAUGUGUAUAAUCAAUUAUCUGUAGUUUAAACUUCUAUUUAUUUUUCUUUUCUAAAUGUGAAUUGUUUGUGUAAAUAAUGUAAACUAACUCACCACUAGAGGACAAACACUCACACUGACUUGAAUUUUGAAUCAGUUUAGUGACAAACAUCAGAGGGAUUUGAUCUGUUAUUCUCUUAUUUCACCACAAAAUUCACUCAUAUUUAUGGCAGAGCAUUUUCACAAAGGUUUGGCUACUCGAGACUGCGACUUUCUGUAUGAGACUGACAUCUAGUGGACUUGUUUAUUAUAUGACUGACAGCUGUUUGCACACGUUUCAUAAACACAACCAGGAAAUGAUUUGAGUUCAGAGAAACUGAAACUGUUGGGCUGUUGUGUGUUUAGUUUUAUUGUUUGUAAGUAAAUACGGUGAAAUGGCAGAAGCGAGUAUUUCAGUGAUUCAGGAUCAGUUCAUGUGUUCAGUCUGUCUGGAUUUACUGAAGGAUCCAGUGACCAUUCCCUGUGGACACAGUUACUGUAUGAGCUGUAUUACAAACUGCUGGAAUCAAGAUGAUCAGAAGAGAAACUACAGCUGCCCUCAGUGCAGACAGACCUUCAAUACAAGACCUGAUUUAAAUAAAAACACCAUGCUGGCUGAAGUGGUGGAGAUGCUGAAGAAGACAAAACUACAAGCUGAUCGUCCUGAUCACAGUUAUGCUGAAGCUGGAGAUGUGAAGUGUGACGUCUGUACUGAGAGAAAACACAAAGCUGUCAAGUCCUGUCUGGUGUGUCUUGAAUCUUACUGUCAAACUCAUCUUGAACAACAUGAAGCUUUUCACACAGGAAAGAAACACAAAGUGAUUGAUGUGACAGGAAGACUUCAGCAGAUGAUCUGCCCUCAACAUGACAAACUUUUAGAGAUUUACUGUAAAACUGAUCAGCUCUGUAUAUGUUAUCUGUGUAUGGUGGGGAAACACAAAAAUCAUGAUACUAUACCAGCUAAAGAAGAGAGGACUGAGAAACAGAAAGAAGUGAAGGAGAUGCAGAGAAAAUACCAGCAGAGAAUCCAGGAGAGUCAGAAGAAGCUUCAGGAGCUGAGAGAUGCUGUGAAGACUCAUAAGCGCUCUGCACAGACAGCAGUGGACGACACUGAGAGGAUCUUUACUCAACUGAUCCAAACCAUUGAGCGAAGACGAUCUGAGGUGACACAGCUGAUCAGAGAUCAGGAAAAGACUGCAGUGAGUGAAGCUGAAGGACUCUUGAAGCGACUGGAGCAGGAGAUUGAUGAUCUGAGGAGGAGAGACGCUGAGCUGGAGCAGCUUUCACACACAGAUGAUCACAUCCAUUUCCUCCAGAGUUUCCAGUCUCUCUCUGUUCCUCCUGGAUCUACAGACUCACUCAGCAUCACUGUCAGCUCUCUCAUCUCUUUUGAUGAUGUAGGAAAAUCUGUGUCUCAUCUGAGAGAGAAACUGGAGGAUUUCUGUAGAGAAGAGAGAGAGAAGAUAUUUGAUAAAAGUAAAGCACCUGAACCUGAGACCAGGGAGCAGUUCCUAAAAUAUUAUCAUCACUUCACUGCAGAUCCAAACACAGCACAUAAACUUCUCCGUCUGUCUGAGGGGAACAGAGUGAUUACUAACACUAACACAGUUCAGCCGUAUCCUGAUCAUCCAGACAGAUUUGCUGUUUGUUAUCAGGUGUUGUGUAGUGAGAGUUUGAGUGGACGCUGUUACUGGGAGGUUGAGUGGAGUGGUGAUGUGUUAAUAUCAGUGUCAUAUAAGAGCAUCAGCAGGAAGGGAGGUGAUGAGUGUUUGUUUGGAUUUAAUGAUCAGUCCUGGAGUUUGCGCUGCUCUGACUCCAGAUGUUCAUUCUGGCACAAUAACAUUGAGACUAAACUCCCUGUAGUGUUCAGAUCUUCUAGAAUAGGAGUUUAUGUGGAUCACAGUUCAGGAUCUCUGUCCUUCUACAGCGUCUCUGACACAAUGACCCUCAUCCACAGAGUCAACACCACAUUCACUAAACCUCUCUAUCCUGGGUUUUGGGUUUAUUAUGGAUCAGUGAAACUGUGUGAUCUAACAAUAUAGAUGAUACAGAGAGUCUACAAAUAAUUUUGUCAUAUUAUAAGUCUGAACAUGAUGAAUCAACAACAAAGAAAUAAUAAGUCUUUCAUUUUCUAAUUAGUAAUUUUAAAUAACUGAUUGUAAUGUUAUAUUUUAAUAAUUGUAUUUUGUCCUGUCAAACAGAGGUAGCUGUAUAGUAGUUAUUCACAGUUAAUAUUAUUCAUCUACAGCCGUUUAUUCUUUUAUGUGUACAAACAGCUAUAAAUAAAAUGUUAUACAAGACACUAAAAUGUAUGAGUUUGAAUUCGAAAUUAAUCUCGAUUCAAAUUUCACAUUUAGUUUGACAUUAGUUUAAUCCAAAAUGUACAAUGCUGAAUAUACAACUGUGGAUUUAUAGUAAACAUUUCUAACAAUAUGUUUAAAGACAAUCACUAAAGUUAAUAAAUGUCUGAAUUGCACAUUACUUAAAAAUAAUUACAAUAAAACCAUUAUGAAAAUCUGACUUUUUCUAUGUUAAGUGCUAUAAUUCAG